AUGGCAAUCCCACCUUCUACUACUAAGAAAUCAAGUUCAACGUUCUCAAUAAAUGAUAACGUCAGUAAUAGACUUAGGAACAUCAGUACCAGCAGCAAUAGUAACAACAACAAUACCGGUCCAUCACAUCAUGAUUCAAUGAAUAAUAUUCGUGUAGUGAGUCAGAGUGUCAUGAAUUCCAUUGUCACAGAAAAGGAUUCCCUUUAUUAUAUUUGUUUACAAGUAAAGAAAAGAUUAGAACAUUUACCUCAACUACAACCAUAUCUAAAUUUAGCAUAUUCCUCGAGCGAAUUAUUAAGUGAAAGGCAAUCGUUACAAUUGUCUCAAAAGCAACAAUUAUAUUCUACACAUGAUUCCUCCGUGAUUGCAAAUGUAAUCAAUAAAGAAAACGCUCAUAGAAGUGUAUCAUCCAUGGCGUCAUAUAAUCGAGAUAGUCAUGAUGGGAAAACAAUAUCGAAUGCAACUUUUAGAUCAAGUUCUAUAUCAGCAAAUAGUUUGGGUGGCAAAGAUAAUGAUACUUUUUCAUUGGAUGGAAUUACCCAUUUAAAUUCUUCCUCAAAUACAAAUUCAUUAAUUCAUACAGAUUCAAAUAACUAUGAUAAUGCUAAUGAAACAAAUUUACUCACUUAUGCUAUGGGUAUCUUACCAAUAUCAAUGGACUGUGAUCCUGUGACUCAACUAUCACAAUUAUUUCAACAAGGAUCUCCACUUUGUAUCAUCUUUAAUGCUGUUAAACCACAAUUCAAGUUACCAGUGGUAUCAUCAGAUGACUUAAAAAUUUGUAAAAAAUCUAUCUAUGAUUUCAUACUUGGUUGUAAAAAACAUUUCGCAUUUAAUGAUGAAGAAUUAUUUACCAUAUCUGACGUUUUCUCCAAUUCAACAAAUCAUUUCAUUAAAGUUAUUGACGUAGUACAAACUUUAUUAAAUUCAUCAACUGAUAUUUUCCCCAUGAUACCUAUGGAAAAAUUAACAUUACAAAUGAGGGAAAAAUAUAAUCCAACGCAAGCAUUAAUGAGUACUGAUUAUAAUAACAUCAUAAAGGAAUUUGUCAUUACUGAAAGAAAAUAUAUUCAUGACUUAGAAAUCUUAGAUGAAUAUAAACAACAAUUAUUAGAUAGCAACCUAAUAACAUCUGAAGAACUUUAUAUGCUAUUCCCAAACCUGACUGAAGCAAUUGAUUUCCAAAGAAGAUUUUUAAUUUCAUUGGAAAUUAAUUCCCUAGUGGAUCCAUCAAAGCAAAGAAUCGGUGCCCUUUUCAUGCAUUCUAAACAUUUCUUCAAAUUAUAUGAACCUUGGUCCAUUGGUCAAAACGCUGCUAUUGAUUUUUUAUCCAAUACUUUAGAUAAAUUCCAAAACAUGAAUUUUGUCUUAAAAAAUAAGUUGGAACUACAAUCGUUCCUUUAUAAGCCCGUUCAAAGACUUUGUAAAUAUCCCUUGUUACUAAAGGAACUUUUGUCUGCAUAUAAUAAACAACUCCAAAAAACCAAUAAUAAUAACACGAAUUCCUCAUCUUCAACUUCGGUUUCAACUUCCUCCUCUUCUUCAUCAUCAUCACCAACAUCUUCAUCUUCCGCAGUGAAGGAAUUAGAAAUCGCCCUGGAUAUCUCUAAAAAAAUUGCUAAAAGUAUUAAUGAAAAUCAAAGAAGAACAGAAAACCAUGAAGUUGUGAAAAAAUUAUAUGGUAGAGUACUUAAUUGGAAAGGUUAUAGAAUUGCAAAAUUCGGUGAAUUAUUAUAUUUUGAUAAAGUUUUCAUUUCAACAAAUAAUUCAAAUGAACAAGAAAGAGGAUUUGAUGUAUAUUUGUUCGAAAAAAUCAUAAUAUUAUUCUCCGAAGUUAACAAUAACAAUACAAAUGCCCAAAAUAGCAUAACUUCUUCAUCAAGUACUAAAAAAUCAUCAUCUUUAAUAUUGAAAAAGAAAAAUUCUACAUCAUCAUCUUCAUCAACAUCCAUUUUAAAUUCAUCUUUACCAUCAGCAUCUUCCUUAGCAUUAAAUAAUAGCACGUCUGCUAACAAUAAUAAUAAUAACAGUAGCAAACUUUCAAAAAGUCGUCAUAACUCCUAUGAUUUUACAACAUCUCUCAUGAAUUCAUCCAAUACUUCGUUACAUAAUAGUAAUAAUAAUAAUAACAAGAAUUUUUCACAUUCCAAUUUCGCAUUAAAUGAACCAAAAUUAGAUCUGAGAGGACGUAUAAUGAUAAUGAAUUUAAAUGAAAUCAAGCCAUCAAAAUCAAGAUCUUUAAAUAUAACGUGGGAAUCUAUAAAGGAACAAGGAAAUUUCUUAUUAAAAUUCAAAAAUGAAGAAACGAGAGAUAAUUGGUGCUCAUGCUUACAAUCAUUAGUACGUCAUAUAAAGAGUGAAUCAUUUAGAAGUACAAAUAGUGGAGAUUUCUCAUCAUCAUCAAUCAUUGGUACUCCAUUACCGUCACCUAGUACCCAUCGUAAUAAUAGUAUUACACAUAAUAAUAAUACUACUAAUAAUAAUAAUAAUACAUCAAGAAGAAAUACACGCAAUAGUAUAUCUUCAAUCAAUAGCUCACAUUUGAAAUAUAUUUCUGAAAAUACCACGAGCAGUAAUAGUAUGGUUUCUCCUUCAGCGAAUGCUCGCUGUUCAUCCUCAUCAAUGCAUCAAAAGAAAAGAGUAUCUAAUUUUGAAAAUGAACAUAAAACAAUACUUGAGGAUUCUUCUUAUGAAAAUUCAAUACCUGAUCAUUCAAUAUUAAUUAGAGUAUCAUUCAACUCAGAUUUCUAUACAAUUUUAAUCAAUUUAGAUAAAGAUGUCACAUUCGUCAUUGAUUCGAUAAAGAAAAAUUGA